GACUUUCACAUUCUUUGUCACAAAUUUCAUACACUCUAUCCCUUGUCCUUUCUCUCUCUCUCUCACCCUCUUUUGUAAAAGACAAGAUAGUUCUGACUAACAUGGUGCAAUCAAGGAAAUUCAGAGGUGUGAGGCAACGCCAUUGGGGCUCGUGGGUUUCUGAGAUUCGUCACCCAUUAUUGAAAAGGAGGGUGUGGCUUGGGACAUUCGAGACAGCUGAGGAAGCAGCUAGAGCAUAUGAUGAGGCAGCCAUUUUGAUGAGUGGCAGAAACGCAAAGACAAACUUCCCAGUUGCUGAGAACCAAAUGGGGAAUCACAGUUCCAGCACUUCCUCUUCCACAACCACAUUGUCUGCAGUUCUGAGUGCAAAGCUUAGGAAGUGUUGCAAGUCCCCUUCACCUUCCCUCACAUGCCUAAGGCUUGACACUGAGAAUUCCCACAUAGGGGUGUGGCAGAAGCGUGCAGGCCCUCGUUCUGACUCAAACUGGAUCAUGAUGGUUGAGUUGGAAAGGAAGAACAACGAGGGUGAGAGUGAGGGUCCUUCUUCUGAUUCAGAAUUGCCUGUGGUUGUUGAUGCACCAGAGAAGGUGAAGCCUGAGGAAGGAAAUGGCUUAGAUGAGGAGCAGAGAAUGGCACUGCAGAUGAUAGAGGAACUUCUGAAUAGGAACUGAGUUGAGUUAACCUCAUCACAACAUUAUGCUUUCAUUUUCACGUGGGGCAUUCAAAGAGUUCAUGUACCUUAGUCCUUUUCACUUCGUUUUAUUUGUUUGUUUGUUCCAAAUAGAAUAGCUGAAUAGGAUGGGAGAGAGAGUGAGUGAGAGUGCUACUGCAUUCAUUUCAUGAGGAGAGAGGAAUGAGGAUGUUUAGUGUCUAUGGCUGUGAAUGUUUCCCCAUGUGUCUGUAACUACCUACCUACAUUUACUGUUGUUAAAGUUCAUUUCCUAUGUAAAAACUAUUCCUUAAUUGCUUUUUCA